ACCGUCGAAGUCCUCCACUACGCGCCGCACUCGAACGCCUCCACCGCUACACGCGCCGAUAAUGGCGCAACCAGACAUCUCGCAGAUUCUCGCUGCGCUCGCGCAAUCGCAACCCAAUGGCACUCCUCAGGCCGGCGCACCGCAGCAUCAACCACCAUCUCAUCAGCCGCCGCCGGGAUACCCUCCCGGCAUGAUGCCCGGUCAGCCUUCGAGCGCACCCCCAGCCUCAUACCUCCCACAACCGUCGAGCACCGGCAGCGUUGAUCUGAGCGCCAUCAAGCCUGUCAACAGCGGAUCUGUCAGCAUUGCGGAUGCCAUCGCGAAGGCGCGACACAUUGCAGAGAACCGCGGACUCUCUUCGUACGACGCGAGGCAAGCAGCCCAACGCGAAGAUCCACGCUUAGCUGGACGCGGAGGACGUCGCUCGCGAUCACGAUCCCGUUCCCCACCUCGACGCGACAACUACAACUCGAACCCAUACCGCGACGAGCGCCGUGAAGAUCCACGCCGCGGCAACUUCCGGCGGUCGCCCUCUAACGAUCGCAAUGUUCGUGGAUCACGCGACCCACCCCAAGGAUUCCGCUCAAACGACGGCGAGACGGAGACCAUUCAGGUGAAGUCUGCACUGGUCGGUCUGAUCAUCGGCAGGAACGGAGAGAACCUGCGCAAGGUCGAGUCGGAGAGUGGAGCGCGUGUACAAUUCCUGCAAGCACAGGGCUCGCACGUUGUGGAGCGCGAUUGUACAAUUUCAGGGCCAUUGCGCGCACGAGAAAGCGCCAAAGCCGCCAUUUUCAGCAUCAUCGAGGAGAAUGGAGGCACACCAUCGCAGCCCGAGAAGGGCGCAUACACCGCAGGCAUGCCAGGAAGAGCCAAGGUCAAUCUCCCGGCAUUGCGCGAGGGCGAGGCCAGCACUCAGAUCAUGGUGCCUGACAAGACUGUGGGCUUGAUUAUUGGCCGCGGUGGAGAGACCAUCAAGGACUUGCAAGAGCGGAGUGGAUGCCAUGUCAACAUCGUUGGCGAGAAUAAGAGUGUAAACGGCUUGCGACCUGUCAACCUGAUAGGCAGCGAGCGGGCCACUGCCACAGCCAAGGAAAUGAUUCUCGAAAUCGUGGAGAGCGACAGCCGUGACAACCAGGCACGCGGAGGCGGAGGAUCUUCCAUGCCACCAGCCGGACGUGACCGCGGAUAUGACAACAACAACUCUCAGCGCGGCGGUGGAGGUGGAGGUCGAGAUCACAUCGAGAAGACGAUCAGUGUGCCGUCUCAGGCGGUCGGAAUGAUCAUAGGCAAAGGUGGUGAGACCAUCAAGGACAUGCAGCGGACCACGGGCUGCAAGAUCAACGUGAACCAGCCCAAGCCACCGGACAUUUACCGUGAGAUCGACCUCGCAGGUAGUGCGAGCGCGAUGGCAGAGGCCGAGAAGGUGAUCUGGGAGAAGGUCGAAACUGUUCGCGAACGUGACGCCGCCUCGGGCCGCGACCCAGGUCCAGGACGUGACCAAGGACCAUCGCAGUACAACGCAUACUCACAACAGCAGGCUCCGCCAGCGAUGCCAGGUUAUGGACAGUACGGAGCUCAACCGCAGGCUCAGGCAUUCCAGCUGCCGCAAGCCCUGCAACAGUUGACACAGCAACCCGGAGCGACGUCAAGUGACCAACAAGAUCCGUAUGCCGCCCAGCAGUGGUAUGCUCAGUGGUUCGCUUCGCAAAUGGCUCAGCAGCAGCAACAGCAGCAGCAGCCACCAGGCGGCCAUCCGAACGCCAAGCUCGUGCUUCUUGGGCUACAGUUCUAUGGCGACAAGGUCUGGAUGGUCUUUCCUAUCACAGUCACCAAUGGGUUUCCAUUUGCGACUGCGAUACACAAGCCGAUGGCGUUCGCCGCGGGACAGCGGAUCGAACUGAACGAUGGCAAAGCUGGCACGAUCCGAUUCGCAGGCCCGACUGCAUUUCAAACAGGCGAUUGGAUAGGCGUGGAGCUCGAGGAGCCCACGGGCAAGAACGAUGGAUCAGUACAGGGACAACGCUACUUCGACUGCGCGCCGAAGUAUGGCAUCUUCUGUCGAGCGAGCGGAAUCAGCCGUGUGAUUGAGGAGCCAACACCGAAGCCCAAAGCAGCGAAUAAUGGCGCACCCGUGAGGGCGCGGCCGAGCAGCAUUCAAGACCCCGCAAACGGUGCACGGCGACAGACACUACGGGAGGAGGCGGCGGCGAGGCGAAGCAGCACGGUAGCAGGCACCCCGACACCAGCCAGUAGAGUCGCAAGCGGCAUGCGAUCGCCGGCGAAGUCACCUACGAAGCAAUUGGGUAUAAGCCGGGUCUCCAGCGCAUCCACCUCGAGGACCAGCACUCCUCCAACUGGCGUUAAGCGACCUCCAAUCAAAGGCGUAGCUGCGAAGCCAUCGUCGACUAUUCCUCCCGGCAGUCGGAGAACCUCAACAUUGCCACCGACAUCUGCGAGUGCGUCCGCCCGAACAUCCAGGCCCUCACUCGCAGCUGGCCCGACCUCUGCCGCGUCAUACACUCGCGGGGGAUUAGCUCGCGGCCCGCCUCCUGCUCGAUCCCCCCUUCGCGACCGAUUACAACCGACAGCAGAAAGGCCGAUUCGUGAUGUCUCCAGCGAGCGCACGUCUCAGCGCGAAAGUGCGAGCUCUUCUGCAGUCAGCCAAACUGCCACAACCGACGAUGGAGAAGACGAGGCUCCGCCCAACUUUGCACCGCCAUCAAUGCCACCACCACCUCCGGAGCCGGUCUCGAGAGCACGAAGACCGUCGUCCCCAGCUGCCGCGUCUAUCCACUCUCAGCGAACAAUUCGCAGUACGGCAGCGUCCACGCGGCAGAUCGAAGAGCUGGAAGCCAAGCUGAAGGUUUUGGAGCGCAAACGUAUGGAAGACCGCGAGGUUAAGCAACAGUUGGAGCUGGCAGUCGCAGAGCGGGACAAAUACCAAGCCGUGAUAGAGAAGCUGCAAACGAAGUACCGGCCACAGCAGCAGGAGCUGGAGCAGCUCAAGCGGGACCUGGCUGAGUACGAGGAGCGCAUUGUGGCGAUCGAUGACCUCAAGGCACAGCAUGAAGUCGACAUGGAAAGUGCGAUCAUGGAUCGUGAGCUCGCUCAAGAGGAAUCGGCGAAUCACAAAGACGAACUGGAAGCUUUGCGAGAGAAGAAUGAAGAGCUGGUAUUGGAGCUGGAAAUUUUGAAGGAGGAGAACAGCGAAUAUACCAAGGAGAUGACCUCAGAGGAACGUUCCAGCACGGGUUAUCUACAGCUUGUGAGGACGAACGAGCGGCUCAAGGACGCUUUGAUCCGUUUGCGUGAUAUCACGCAGGACAAGGAGGCAGAACUGAAGGAUCAAAUCGACGGGCUUCAGGAGCGCUUGAAGGAGGCGGACGAGGCAAAGAUUCAGUUCGAGGAGACGAAGGAGAAAUUGCUGCGAAGCCAGUCUGAUACAGAAGAUCUUCGACAGCAACUUGAGGUAGCUCAAGGAGCCGAGGAAAUGAUUGAGACAAUGGCGGAAGACAACGAGACGCUCCGGAAUAAGCUUAAUGAGCUCCGUGCUGUGAUUGAAGAUCUAGAGAGUCUUCGGGAGAUCAACGAUGAGCUCGAGAUCAACCAUGUGGAGACAGAGAAACAACUUCAAGAAGAGCUUGACUUCAAAGACAGCUUGUUGAUGGAUCGUGAGCGCACGUCGAAGCAGCAACAAGCGGCACUAGAUCAAGCAGACUUCAACAUCAAUCGCUUCCGCGAGUUGGUCACGCAAUUGACGGGCGACCUCCAGGAUCUGCAGGCCAGCAAACAGAUCACGGAGGCGGAAGCUUCGCAGCUAUCGAGCAAAUCAAGAGCCAUGAUGGACCUGAAUACCAAGCUUCAGUCUAGCGCUGCAAAAACACAAGUCAAGCAAAUCGACCUGGAGCUUCGUAAGCUGGAUGCCGAGCAGGCCUCGGAACACCUGGCAAUUGUUCAGCUGUUCCUGCCGGAAAGUUUCAAGGCAGAGAGGGACAGUGUACUGGCACUGCUGCGUUUCAAACGCAUUGGAUUCAAGGCAAAUCUGGUUCAGACUUUCGUCAAAGAGCGCAUUGCUUCUUUCGGAACGAGAGGUCAAGAUGAGGAGGUGUUCGCUGCUUGCGAUGCCUUGGCUAAGCUGACCUGGAUCGGCGGCAUGUCUGAGCGCUUGGUCAAUUCUAUCAGCAGUUGCAGCCCAGAUGCCUUUGCGCAGUACGGCAGUGCGCUGUUCGAGUUGGAGGUCGUGGAGCGCACGCUCAACGACUAUGUGGAUGCCUUGCGACGCGACGAAUUGAAAGAGAGCGAUAUGACAGUCCGCCUUGGUCGCUCAAUUGAGGUCAUGACGCAUCUGUCUAGUCUGCACAUCUCUGACGGCUUGCCAGAUCAUGCCGACAAGCUGAUUAUGAAAACCAUGCUUGUCCAGAGUCACCUGGAGAGUGCUACCUCGGCUCUAACUGUGACCAGAACACUACUGGAAAGCAACUUGUCGGAUGCAACCGACGAGGACGCAGCGGUUGACGACGAAACCGCCUCGGAGAACGCUCUUCUCUUGACCAGACUCAAGUCGAUCAUUGAGCAAGUUCGAAAUGCCAAGGUGAUCUCCUCCAAGACUCACCGCGCAUUGGUCGAGUUGAAGCUUAGCUCUUUGGCUUUGGAGUCUUCCCUCUUCGACAGUUUCGAGGGCGCCGCGUCGAUCGCUGCUGCCGUGGUAGCAUAUGCGUGCGAGUCGGGUACAGCUCUUCAAGAAUUGUUCGGCGAGGAGGGGAGAGCUGAGCCAUUCACGAUGUCCGAAGUGGCAUCUAUCCUGGCGCGAGUAGCAAACAAGGUCUUUUCCACAUCUGACGCAGAAGCCGGCCCAUACGCGACGUUGAACGGUCAACUUCGCGAGCUGAGCAGUCAACUCAGCGACCUUUCUACUCUGCCGACCGAUCUCGACAACACCGUCGAAUUCGAGCGAGCACCAGAGCCUUGGGUCGCGCGCGCCGACGACUUAAAACGGACCAAGAUCACAUCGAUCGACACCGAAGCCGAACUCACGCGAACCCUCGAAAUCGUCCGCGAACGCGACAUCAUCAUCAAACAAAAAGAACGGGAGCUCGAUGAGCAGAGCAUCAAGAUCGAAACGCUUGAAGCUCGCUAUAGGGACGCGGGCAAGCGGACCGCUAAGAUCGCCGAACUCGAGCGCGCUCUUCGCGAAGCCAAAGAAAGUGAGAGCAAAGCCAAGAAAGACAUCGCGCUCGCCCGACACGAAGCUCAGCAGGACAUCGACCGCGCCCGCGAAGAGAUGUCUCGCCUCGCCGACGAACGCUCCAAAUCCGGCAAAUCGGAUGAAAUCGACGACGAUGCCAUGGGUGCGGGAACGAGGUUCAAGAUCAAGCGUGACGAAUGGAAGGCUGCGGGAAUGGAGAGCGCAAUUCGAUUCCUCCGUGAAGACAACAUUCGUUUACGCCAACCGGCGCCUAAUAGUCCUACCAGCAUCGCGAAAGCACAUAAAUGGAUCUUCGAACCGCUUGUGCCGUCCGUCAAGGCUCAGGGUGGGCAGCAGCGCUCUGUGGUGGGUUCGAAGGUCGUCGAGCAGAUGCUGACACUCGCGACGAUGCCGUCUCCCGUGGAUCUCACGAAGAUUCCGGACAACAAACUUGCGUGGAGGCCGGCGAAGGAGAGCAGCAGGUGGCAAGUUGAGAGAAGGAAGGAGGAAUGGUUAGAUUGGAAGGCUUGGGCGGAGAGCGUUGCGCAGCCGCAGAGGGAGGUGGCGAGGGAUGUGCCGGCGAUGAUGGUGGCGGUCUGA